CCGACAUCUCGAGACGUACUUUACGUAUUUCACCACCAACAGCAUGUCUCUGGCCUCACCGCUCAAUCUUCCCAAAUGGCUCGAGGAAAAUAGCCAUCUUCUGAAACCCCCCAUCAACAACUACUGUGCUCAGAGAGGCGGUUUCACAGUUAUGAUUGUAGGCGGCCCCAAUGCCAGGACCGACUAUCACAUAAACGAGACCCCCGAGUGGUUUUACCAGUACAAGGGAGCUAUGCUCUUGAAGGUUGUUGAGGAUUCACUUACAGACAACCCUAAGUUCCGCGACAUCAAAAUUGGCGAAGGAGAGAUGUUCCUGCUGCCCCCAAAUACUCCGCACAAUCCUGUAAGGUUUACGGAUACAGUGGGAAUCGUCCUUGAGCAGGACCGUCCUGAAUCUAGUCUGGACAGGUUGAGGUGGUACUGUGCUGAGUGCAAGAGUGUUGUCUUUGAGGAUACGUUCCACUGUACAGAUCUUGGCACUCAGAUCAAGAGUGCGGUAGAGGGUUUUGCAAACGAUGAAGAAAAGAGAAAGUGCCCCAAGUGUGGUGUUGUCGCACAAACCAAGUAAACCGACCGAGAAUGCAAGCAUGUGUACAAUAGCUAUCGUUGGAGCACAUGAUAUAUUUACAACUCCGAGUUAUUUAUGCCUUUCCAAAAAUAACGUACAUGUCUAACGCCACCUGAAAGAUAUGAUUACACCAUCCAUUUUAAAGCUCAUCAUGACCGAAGUCAUAAUCAUCG